GAAAUGCCUGGAGGCAGAAGGUUAUGAAGAUCAAAGAAAAGAGAAUGAGGACAGAGAGUGAUUGGUGUGGAAACGAAGAGACAAUUAGGUCUGAGACGAUUGAUUAACAUUUUGCGAAUGAAGUAUUUACUGUGUAGUUCUCAGAUUUUACUAAAACGUUCUGUAAUUUUCUAUACAAAUACAUUUGACUUUCCCACUUGUGUUCUCGUUCACUACACUAGUACUGAGGAAAUUAUAAAUCUAGGUUGCGACGCUUCUUUGAGAUUGCAUAUCAUUUACAUGAAACAAUUCACUAUGUUAUAAUCAUAGUGUGGUUGACCGUUAUUGAUAUCCGUGUGUGAAUAUUUCAAGAGAAUGGGUAAACAAUAUACGAUCUUUGUUAUGCUAGAUCAUCCUGGAUGCCAUCUAAUUUGUUGUAAAUAUGAAUUUUCAGAAAUAAUGAAAUUCCACUAGGAGUGUACCAUGUUAGAACCUCAUCUUAGUAGAUAUCGUUUACCAGUUUAUACUGUACAUUUUUCGGUGAUUUAUAAACUCUGAAAACAAUAGCUCUUCAAUACUUUCUGUUGAAAUCGCAUUUUCUGAGCUGGUUGGAUUAGUUGUAAGGCUUUCGUUGUCUUUCUACUUUCAUACAUAUAUUAGGGAUUCAGAUGGGACGUGUUUCUUGUUCGUUAUACUUUACUUAAUAAAAUUGAAACAGAAGUUGUGUCUUUUAAUCUGGAAAAAUACUUAAUCCAAUCAUACUGCUCAUCCAUAUACACUUUGAGUUGAUUUAAUUUUAUUCGUUGCAUUAUUGGGAAAUUUUGUUAUUUAAUCAGUUAAUCAAUAUUAAUUACUUAAGUGAUUUACCACAGAUUUUCUUAUAUGAACUUUUAGCCGCUCUUAUGCAAACCUCGACAGAUUUUAUAUCUAAAUCUAAAAGAGAAAAAUGCUGGAAAUCACGUGAUGCUUUUUGGGAAUGUGUUACUGAUGUAAUCGCGAAAAAUUCAGAACCUGAUGACAAGUUGAUAAGAAAACAAUGUACCAAACAAAGAAAACUUUACGAAGAAAUGUGUCCACGAAUAUGGGUCGAUUUUUUCGAUAAGAAGAAAGAUUUUGAACUUUUCAAGGCCAAGAAAUUUGAGAAGGAGUUGUUACAUAGCACGAGUUCACAGAGUAUUUUGAAGAUUUUAUCACUAAACAACAUGAAUCGCAAAACCAUUGAGAAAUGAGGAAUGCCGUCCAAUCCAAAUAUAAAACGUCAGAAAUUCCUACUCACUUCUUCCGAUGGUAUUCAAUUAAAACUUGGUUUGAAGCAAGUCGGGCAACACUCAUCUAAUGAUUCUAAAUAUGAUGAUUAACGUCUUCAUAUCUCCCACCUUGUAUCAUACGACCAUUACUAAAUAUUAUCAGUGUAUAGCUCUCUCAGUCUCUACUUAGGAAAAUAAUGGAUCAGAACGAACUAAUCAAGCUUCGACACUGAACUCAACACCACGUCUUACACUAUUUGUGCAGUCUCAGUUACCCAAAGUCCCUCCCAACUGUACUUACAAAUCCGCAUAAUGUUAGGAAGUAAGCGAGAUCUAUCUAUUCCUCUUAGAAUGUUUUGCAUAUCUGCAGAUCAGGUUCCAGAUAGUUUACAAGUGCGAUUGUACACUACCCGAAGAUAUUACUUUGUAUUCACUAUUUUUAGUAGAUUGGAAUCCAGAAAACUUCUGCAUAUAAAGUGAAACAGUUGUCAACCCAAUAUUGCUUAAUUAUAACAAUGAGCAUUUUGAAGAUAUAUUAAUUUCACCGAACCUUUUUUAUGAUUAUUUUUCCUCUACAUAUGAGUAAAAACUUUGCUAGUAUUAGAAAAAACUGUUAAAAGCAUAUAUGAUAUGUUGUACAAUCUUCCAAAUCAUUUAUAAAUGUAAAGCACGUUGAUUCUAUAAAUUGCUUACUUUGUUUUAUGAAUACGGAAUGUCUUCACAAGAGAUACUAUCUAUAUUGUGUGAGUCUACUAGUAAAUAUUACUGCUUUCUCUUA